CUUAAGUUAGAGAAAGCAAAAUCAUGAGUUUUUUUAUUACUAAUCUCUUCGGAGAGCCAUACGAACAAGGCAGUGACUCUAAUCAUGAUUAUGAUGAUGAUCGAGCUGGUGUUAUUAAUCUUUCCCAAGAGCCACACGAACAAGGUAUCAGCUGUGACUCUGAUCAUGAUGAUGAUGAUCGAGCAGGAGAUAAACCUAGAGUGCUACAUUCAGACAAGUUAAGGUCAAGAUCUGCUCAUAACUUCAUGAGACGUGCGGAGAAAGUUUGGGCUUUUCCUUCUACUACAGAGGAGGAAAAAGUUGAAUCCCUAAAACGUGUACGUGAGUCUAAACCGGAACCAGAAGAAGAAAAGGUGGGUGACGUCGUUCUUUUUGGGAAGAACAGUUACUUCGUGGUUGAUAUCUUCGAGAAAGAGAUCAUGGAGUUGGGAGACAAAGUGGAUCUGAACUUCAAAAGAUUCAGAAAGUUGGAAGCUGUUGAUGGAGACGCUCCACGAGACCAUCACUUCUACAAGUACCGUUGCUGUUACAAUUCUUGCUGCUGCGUUUGCUCGACCGGGGCCGUGGAGCGAGAGUUGGUGAUUCUUGAGAGAGGAUUAGCCUUGAAGGAGAAGAAAGGAGUCAGCUUCUUCGUGAGAACUUAUCAAGAAAGAAAAGAGCUCAUGAGGGUUGCUGUAACCGUGACUGAUUCUCAUCAUUAUCACAGUUUGUACUUCUUCGACCUCUUGUUCCCUACCGAGUAUCCAUAUGGAGCACCGAGUUUCUAUUACCAUCCGUAUGGCCUUCCUUUGACCACUCUUGACUCCCAAAGGUCAUUGAGAGUAAAGCUCCGCUACAACAUCUUAGAUGUGUUUCUCCACAUUCAAGACAUUGUGUUGAUGAACACCAACAAGUCAUGUCACCAGAUGCUAGAUAUGAUGGAACGGCCGCUCGCUGGGUUUCAAGAUUUCGUAAAAGGUUUCUUUAGGAAGAAGGGGCCGUUGAUUCUGCGGAACUUGAUGGAAGAGUUUGACAUGGAAAAGGAGAGGGACAAGAAAAUGUUCUGGAAGGUGUACACUGCGUUUGUAGACAAUAAAGCUUAUUGUGAGCAUCUUCUCAACAGUGAACUGAAAGCAGAGCUGGAGAAGAUGAAAGAGAAAGAGUAUACCUUAAGCGAUUACUACUAUGGUUCUACAUCUCCCUACUACCCAACCUACACUAAAAAGUCCGAUGGUAUCAAGAAGACAUCCAAAAACCUUAGCUUCUUGAGCAAGUACUUGCCUUUCGAUUAUUAGUGUCUGCUCUAUCUCUUUUCUUACCUUUUUGUAAUUUUUCAGAUAUUUAAUGAGUUUUUUUUUAUUUCGGGGAACGAGUCUCUGUCUCUGAUAAAAAUUAAAAAGUCAAGCGUUGAAUAUGUAGAUUUACAGCGAAAGAAA